AUGGUCAGCCAAAUACAGCGGCCAUUGUUUGUACCAAAUCUUAAUGAAAUAAGAAAGUUCUUGAAAGUGUCAGCCGACUCUAAAAAUCUCACAAUCGGAAAAACCAUUCAUGCCCAUUUGAUUGUAUCCAAUCAAGAUUCACGCGAUCACGUAAUCGAGAGAAAUUCUUUGAUAAAUCUAUACUCAAAGUGUGGUGAAAUUUCUAUUGCUCGCCAAUUGUUUGAUAGAAUGCGCAAAAGGAAUGUUGUGUCGUGGGGAAGUUUAAUGGCUGGGUAUUUACAUCAUGGUUUGGCCUCUGAAGUUAUUGGGUUGUGCAGGAAUAUGGUAAAAGUAGACAAGUUAUGCUUGAAUAAGUACAUAUUAGCGACGGUUAUUUCGUGCUGUUCUCAUUGUGUGUUGCUAGAUGAGGGCCAACAGUGUCAUGGUUACGCGUUGAAGUCUGGAUUGAUUUUUCAUCAGUAUGUAAAGAAUGCCCUUGUGUCCAUGUAUUCAAUGUGCUCGGAUGUGAAAGGGGCUAUGCAGGUAUUUUAUUGGGCCCCUAGGUCAGAUUUGUGUACCUAUAAUUCUGUUUUAAGCGUGCUGUUAGAUCAUGGAUAUAUGAGGGAAGCAUUUGAGGUUUUGUGCAGAUUGGUGGCAGAAUACGAGCGUUUAGAAUGGGAUAAUAUUACUUAUGUUAAUAUUUUUGGACUUUGCGCUCGCAUUGGUGACUUGACUUUGGGCCAACAAACUCACAGCACAAUGCUCAAAACUGGUGUUGAGCUCGAUCUGUUUGUUGGUAGCGCAGUCAUAGACAUGUAUGGAAAAUGUGGUGAAAUUUCAUCCAUGCGAAAAAAAUUUGAGGGCUUGCAAACUAAAAAUGUGGUCACGUGGACAGCAAUAUUGGCUGCUUAUUUACAGAAUGAGUGCUUUGAAGAAGUAUUGAAACUGUUUCUGGAAAUGGAACUUGAGCAUAUUUUGCCAAAUGAGUACACAUUUGCAGUGCUUUUGUACUCGUGCGCUGGUUUGUCAGCUCUUGGUUUUGGUAAUUCACUACAUGCACGCAUCAUGAAGAUGGGGAUGAAGAAUCACACUAUUGUGAGUAAUGUUUUGAUCCAUAUGUAUUCUAGGUGUGGCCUGAUUGAAGAUGCUUGUAUUGUCUUCACAAAUAUGACUUAUCGAGAUGUUAUAUCUUGGAAUUCUAUGAUAACUGGUUAUUCUCAUCAUGGGCUUGGUAGGGAAACCUUGUCUGUGUUUCAAGAGAUGCUAGCAGCGAAAGAGCAACCAAACUAUGUAACUUUUGUUGGGGCACUCUCUGCCUGUGCCUUCUUGGGAAGAGUAAACGAAGGUUUCUACUAUUUGAACCAUAUGAUGAGAGAGCUUGGCAUUGAACCAGGGUUGGAGCAUUACACCUGUAUUGUUGGACUUCUGGGUAGAGCAGGGAGGCUUGAGGAUGCUGAGAAUUUCAUGCUAUCAACUCCAAUAAAAUGGGACAUUGUUGCCUGGAGAACUUUGCUCAAUGCUUGUUAUGUCCAUCAGAAUUAUCAUUUAGGAAAGCGAGUUGCAGAAACUGUGUUGCAUCUGAACCCUGAAGAUGUGGGAACUUGUAUCCUGUUGUCAAAUAUGCAUGCCAGGGCAAAGAGGUGGGAUGGAGUUGUGGCGACGCGGAAGUUAAUGAGAGAAAGGAACAUAAAGAAAGAGCCUGGAUUGAGCUGGACAGAAAUAAGAAAUGACACACGUGUAUUUGUUUCUGAUGACAACAAACAUCCAGAUGCUGUUCUUAUCCGUGAAAAAAUAAAGGAGCUUUUGACUGAAAUUAAACCACUGGGUUAUGUUCCAGCUAUAGCUUGUGAAUUGCAUGAUGUGGAGGAGGAACAGAAAGAAGGUUACCUCAGUUAUCACAGUGAGAAGUUGGCUAUAGCAUACGCUCUUAUGAAAACACCACCAGGGGCACCUAUUCGCAUCAUUAAAAACCUAAGGAUGUGUGAUGAUUGCCAUUCUGCCGUUAAAUUUAUCUCAAAGGUCACAAACAGAUUGAUAAUUGUAAGAGAUGUGAACCGUUUUCAUAGUUUCAGGGAGGGAUGUUGUUCCUGUGCAGACUACUGGUGA